AUGUGUCAAGGAAAUAAGUUACUUUCAGUGAAUGCAUUAUGUGUCAAGGAAAUAUGCAUUAUGUGUCAAGGAAAUAAGUUACUUUCAGUGAAUGCAUUAUGUGUCAAGGAAAUAUGCAUUAUGUGUCAAGGAAAUAAGUUACUUUCAGUGAAUGCAUUAUGUGUCAAGGAAAUAUGCAUUAUGUGUCAAGGAAAUAAGUUACUUUCAGUGAAUGCAUUAUGUGUCAAGGAAAUAUGCAUUAUGUGUCAAGGAAAUAAGUUACUUUCAGUGAAUGCAUUAUGUGUCAAGGAAAUAUGCAUUAUGUGUCAAGGAAAUAAGUUACUUUCAGUGAAUGCAUUAUGUGUCAAGGAAAUAUGCAUUAUGUGUCAAGGAAAUAAGUUACUUUCAGUGAAUGCAUUAUGUGUCAAGGAAAUAUGCAUUAUGUGUCAAGGAAAUAAGUUACUUUCAGUGAAUGCAUUAUGUGUCAAGGAAAUAUGCAUUAUGUGUCAAGGAAAUAAGUUACUUUCAGUGAAUGCAUUAUGUGUCAAGGAAAUAUGCAUUAUGUGUCAAGGAAAUAAGUUACUUUCAGUGAAUGCAUUAUGUGUCAAGGAAAUAUGCAUUAUGUGUCAAGGAAAUAAGUUACUUUCAGUGAAUGCAUUAUGUGUCAAGGAAAUAUGCAUUAUGUGUCAAGGAAAUAAGUUACUUUCAGUGAAUGCAUUAUGUGUCAAGGAAAUAUGCAUUAUGUGUCAAGGAAAUAAGUUACUUUCAGUGAAUGCAUUAUGUGUCAAGGAAAUAUGCAUUAUGUGUCAAGGAAAUAAGUUACUUUCAGUGAAUGCAUUAUGUGUCAAGGAAAUAUGCAUUAUGUGUCAAGGAAAUAAGUUACUUUCAGUGAAUGCAUUAUGUGUCAAGGAAAUAUGCAUUAUGUGUCAAGGAAAUAAGUUACUUUCAGUGAAUGCAUUAUGUGUCAAGGAAAGUCUUUCUACUGACACACGUUAA